CAAGUGACGCGCGCCGCGGCCGCACGCCCCGUCGCGAUCGCUCCCGAAAAACACGCGAGUUCAAGUAAUGUGAAAUAAGUGAAUACUUGUGAAAGAUAAUAAAGUUCUGAAUAAUGUGACAUAUGUACAGUGCAGUGAAAUAUAGUUAUUAACAAUGCUGUUGUUAUUAAUUGGCAUGUUUAUUGCCCGCAGUGUAUCGCACACGAUCACAUCACUAGAGGUGCCUCUAUGGGCAGACCCGAGGCGCGAGGCCGAGCUCCGAUGCCAGUACAUGAGGCAACAGCACGAGCCGCCGCUGCACUCCGUCAAGUGGUACCGAGAUAUGCACGAGAUCUUCCGAUACACGCCACAGGAGCUAGAAACGCGAGCAUUCAACAGCACGGAGAUAUCAGUGACGAACAGCUCCUGUGACCCCGAGGCGUGUGUGAUCACGGUCAGGCCGGAGCGAGGGACUGCGAAGUACACGUGUGAAGUCUCCAGCGAGGGACCUCGGUUCGCGGUAGAUAAGCGAUCCGCUAAUAUGACACUGGCUGUGAUGCCAGAAUACGACCCCCUGAUCACGGGUCUACCCACACUGGUGCAGGUGGGAGAGCAGGCGCUCGUCAACUGCACGUCAGACUACUCCCUACCGGCUGCAACCAUCGACUGGUUUGUGGAUUCAGAACCGCAGGAGGAUCCGCUAAUAACCCCAGACACGGUGGUCUCGGGUGCCGACGGUGACGGGCUCCGUGCAUCAUGGCGGACUCUCCACGUGUACCCAGACGACUACCCGACGCACCGCGGGUACCUCGCUCUGCGCUGUCGGGCGACGAUACCGACGCGACCGCCGCACGUGCGCAGCAUGUCGGUGCGCCUGUAUGUGGCGGCGAGGCCCCAUAUAUCUUCGUAUAUGUUUAGUAAAAAUAAUGCAGUGCCCAGCAGUAGUUCCCGGCUGCGCGCGCGCAUAGAGACAGCGGUAUGGACGUUAUUACUGUUAGUGAGAAGACAAGUGCCUUCGCUAGUUAAGUGACACUAGUGUGUGUGACAUACGGACAAGUGAGCUGUGAGUGUUAUGUUUUUAGUUGCCCAGUUAUACGUGUCUGUGUUGGUCGUGGUUAGAACAUGAUUUU